AUGUGUGUUUGGGGUGAUGAUCUGGCUGAUGAGAUGGAAGAUGUGGAUCUUGACGAAGAGCAGGGCGCAUGGGUGACCGAGGAGGAAGAUGAGGGAGUGGAGGAGGGCAUGGAGGCCCAAGAUGACAGUGAGGUCACCUUCUCAAAACAUACCGGUGAGCUAGUAAGGGAGCCAGAACAGAUUUCCUACUUCAUUAGCUGCUCUCUCUGGAACUUUCCUUUCCAUCCUAAGUGGAAACUUUUUUUGCCAUCAAAGAUGAGAGAAAAUUGGAAUGGACCCCCACAUUUGACCAACAUAAAGCUUCUCAAUGCAGGAAAGAGAGCUGUGGUCGGCUAUGAAGAUGGGACAGUCCGCAUCUGGGAUCUGAAGCAGGGAAGCCCACUACAUGUCCUUAAAGGUCAGGAUGGACAUCAGGGCCCUUUGACGUGUGUGGCCAGCAAUAAGGAUGGCAGCCUAAUCCUGACAGGUUCUGUUGAUUGCCAUGCCAAACUGGUGAACUCUGCAACCGGCAAGGUUGUGUCUGUCUUCAAGGCAGAGAGCAUUGUCCCCAAGACCUCAUCAGGAGAGACUGAGGAAGCUGAAUCCAACUCAGUGGAGUCGCUGGGUUUCUGCAAUGUGAUGCCACUGGCAGCUGUUGGCUAUUUAGAUGGGACCUUGGCCAUUUAUGACCUUGUUACACAGACCUUAAGACACAAGUGCCAGCAUGAGUCAGGGAUUGUACAGCUCCUGUGGGAGGACAGCUCACCUGUGGUUUAUACCUGCAGCCUGGAUGGCGCUGUGUCCCUCUGGGAUGCACGUUCAGGCAAGUUGAUCAGUGAGUACCGGGGCCACUCAGCAGAAAUCCUGGACUUCGCUUUGAACAAAGAUGCUUCUAUUGUAGUUACUACUUCCGGCGAUCACCAGGCCAAGGUGUUCUGUGUGCAGCGCCCAGAUCGCUAACAGAGCUUCACUCAGCAGAGAAUGACGCUGUGGAGAGACAGGACAAUGUGGAUGCAGGCAGCCAGGCCCACAGGACUGUGACAGGGCUGACAUAAUCAUGUCUUUGGGGGGAACCUUACUAUUUUUUCCUUUGAGGGGAAAGUUUUGCCAUCUUGUCCCCUCAUGGUACCAGAUCUAAUUGCUUGAGUUUUUUAAUUGUGCUGCAGACCUGGCGCUUUGCUGAGCUACAAAGCUGAGAAGACGCUUAAUGCAUAUGGACUGUUGGUCAGCAUGAUUGUGGGGGAGAAGGUGUGGUAUGUCUUUAAAAAAAAAACCCUUCUUUUCUCCCAAGUUCAGAAAUGGCUUCCUCUUUCAAAGAACUGUGUCAAUUCCCUGGUGUCCAGGGCCAUUGUCUUCCAUGUUUCUUGUGGCAGGCGAGGCGCUUCACAAUCGAGAGAAGGAAGCUAGCCCAUCUCCCUUUUGGAACUUUUGACACUGUGGUUUGUCUAAGCAAAUCAUGUAAUUGGGCAGAAAAAGAUCAGCCGCUCAUAAAAUGAUGAUUCCCUAAACAGCAAUUAUCAGAAACUCAGGCUAAAACUGAGUAUGUCUACCAAGCCUCCGGUACUGGAUCUGUCCAGCAACAGCAAUGGCAGCAACGUAACUUGUUCAAAUAAUUGCACCUUACUUUGCCAAUCAAAGACACCAGGAUGAAAUAAAAAGGAAGCCAGCCAUCUUAAAGCCA